CUAAUGAUUAUGAAUCACGUGAAUUUAUCUAAGACUGUCGUAUUUUCAAACAGUCCAAAAGUCCAAAAAGUCAUUCGUUCAUGAUUGUUUCAAAGCUGCUCUUAAUUUUAAUUUUUUGUAACUAGUAAAUAUCUGCGCGGGUGGUUACGUCACAAUUACGUCAUCUCAAGUGUCAUGUCAGUUGGUCAGAUCUUGACUGGUUAUCUGUGUCAGUGAGUCAUUCGAUUCUUUUCGAAAAAGAACAUGUAACAAUAAUGAAAAUAAUUCACAAAAUUGCUUAAAAUCCAUCAGUGAUAGUUUCUGAACAAGAUUCACGUUCGAUGAAAACAUCAACACUGUGAAGAGGUUAUGAAGUAUGGAUUGGUGAUGACUCCACACAAGAAACAAGUGAUUUUAGUUGAAAAAUCGAGAUUGACGCUACCUUUUGAAUAACUCCUCUUAGAUAAGAUUACAGAGUAAUGUAAUUUCGUAAAUUCCCGACAUGGCUACUAAAAUAAUGAAGUAUCUCUUUACGUCCAAAUUAGUAAAUAGUCGCCUGCAGUCUAUUUUCGCCGUACCCAAAACCAAACUAACCAAUUUUAGUCGUUGUGAAAUUAACAAUAAGUUACACACGAACAGGUGUAAUUUUAGCACAAACGAUGUGCUGUGUGGAAGUGGAGGCCAUGCAGAAACUACGAGCACUACUCAAGGCCUGUCGAAACUGCAAGCUCAAGAGUUGGUUUUACGACUGAACGGAGAAGAGAGAAAUAUCUUGAUCUCUGCACUCCAGGAGUACGAAUCAAAACUAGUCAAAGACGAAUAUGAAGGUCAGCUAGCAGCUUCACGAUGGAGAAGUAAGUUUGGGCGUCCAAGCAAAUUACCCAGAUUAGGAGAUGUAGAUCCUACUGGAUCAUAUUGUCCAGUUCCUGAAGAUUGGUUAAUGAAGAAGUAUGCCGAAUCGGUACCACGUCCAACAAAUAGGGAAUUAGGUGAUAUUGCUAUUGCAAACUCGAUUCCAUUUAUUGGUUUUGGCUUCCUGGACAACUUCUUCAUGUUAUUUUUCGGAGAUUACAUCGACCUGUACCUCGGGUCUUACUUCUGCAUGACCACCAUGGCGGCGGCGGCCUUAGGCAACACCUUCUCGGACGUUUUAGGCAUAGGCACGGCCUUUUACGUGGAACGACUAGCGAAUAAAAUCGGUUUUAGACCACCGAAAUUGUCACCGAUCCAGAUGGACAUGACGUGUUCCAGAAACGCCGCUAACUUCGGUCGCGUUUUUGGAGUCACGAUAGGGUGUAUUUUAGGCAUGUGUCCGCUGCUAUUCAGAAGACCGAAGGAUGAAGAAGAUUGUAAAGUAGACACGUAAUGCCAGAAAUAAAGUGGCGCUUUUUUAGUUAUGAAUUUUGGAUUUUAUUUAUACGUGUUUUGAAAUAAUUUGGGCAGUUGGACAAUCGUUAGCAAUAAAUACACUCAAAGGUUGUGCAAAGGCGGGUCGUUUUGACCCGCAAGCUUCCAAAUGUUGUCUGUAUUUUAUUUUGCGAUGGAAUUAAGCCAACACAAUAAAUUUAAUAUUGGAAAUGUGGAAAGCCAACUGGGCGCUAUUAAUAGAAGUGUCGUCUGUGUUGUAAUAGCUGGAUCAAUGAACUAUUUCUUGUUUUUCUUGUCUCUUUUAGAAGUCACUCAGGAAAGUUAGGGUUCAACCUAAUUCCGACAUCUGUGUUAUAGUAUUAAGGAUGAUUUUGAAUCACUUGGAGUGUUGUUGGCAACCGUGCUGCAUAGACAUAACAUUUCAGACUUUAAAAUAAGCAGAAAUCGUAGAUUCCUGUUUGAAAGUUAGCAAUAUUCAGUCGUUGUGUUCCUGGUUAUUUUGUGAUUCAGGCGGGAUCCCGAACCUGCUGCACUUUAUUAUAUUGUAACGUAAUCGUACUCACUUUUUGAGUGUAGGGUUUCCAAACUUCAUAACUAAAAUUGAUAACCGAUCUGUAAAUAAGUGUUCAGACUUCUACAAUGACAUGCCUUAGGAGGUUUUUCUCUUAAUAUCUGUACAUAUUGGAGAAAGUUGUUUAUCUGUUUACUUCUUCUUUAAUAAACGAGCAUAAUGUGUA